UCUCAGAUAUGAUUAAUUGUUGGUUGUGAAUAUUUUCUCAAUUUUCCUUUGUUGUUGUUCUUAGUUUCAUUUUUCAUUGUUUGAUUGGUGAAAAUUCGGGAGGAGAAAUUGGAUUGGAAUAACAUUAUACUGUGAUUGUUUAUACUGUCAGUACAUCUGUGAUUGUUUUAGCAUCUUUGUUUUUGGCCUAACAUUACGUUUUUGUUCUGCUUGAUCACAAAUAUUGUUAAUGCUCUUCAUUUUUUUCUUUGUCUAAGCCAAGGGUAAUGUCUUGGUCCCCCUGACUCAUUGUACUUGAACUUCUAUAAGUUCCAUUGGAGAUUCUUGAUAUUAGUAAUUUCUCACUGUGUAACCUGCAAGUUUUCCUGGAAGUGGAAGUGGCAGAGUAUCAUGGUCGUACAAGUGAUUUUGAACUUGUCAUGUAUUUGAUAGAGAAUGCUGUUGAACUAGAAAAACUUGUUAUCCAUCCUGUCCGCACAUGGUAUUCUUAUGACCGGAGGAUGCAGUAUGAUAGAAAUGCGGAGAGGGAAGAAAAGGCCAUGGUAGUUUUCAUGGUACUCUAGAUUUCAUAUGCCGGCUGUAGCAACGGCUUUCGAUAUCAGUGACUGCGAUCAGAUUGGCAGAGUGGUUUAAAGGCCAAUGGGGCUAUUACUUUCAAAUCUUGAGGAUCAGGAUAGCAAGUGAAGAACCAAAAAAUUUGUUGGCCAAUGAAAUUGGUUUGACAGUUCGAAACCAUGCCCCACUAAAUGUGGAAAAAUGGAAGAAGAUUCCAAAAAUUGAAGUGGAUAAGUUGGUUAAAAGAAUAACGAACAAGUUUGACAUUGACAUGUCUCUCCCUUGGGUCGAGAGAUAUGUAAUUACAACAUGUCAGACUGUAUUUUGUAAUUUUCGUUAUAAGUUGAAGAAACAUUUUGAGAAAUUUUCAACAAUCGAGGAAGCAAUUGAAAACAAACACGAUGAUGUCAAGACUCAGGAAGAAUGGGAGUUUCUCUGUGCUCGUUUUUCUAGUGAAAAGUUUCAGAUUCGUUCAGAGAAGAAUGCUAUAAAUAGGUCAAAGUUGACACAUCACCACAAAGCUGGGUCAAAGUCAUUUAUGUCUCACCAAGAGCAAAUUGCAGCACAGACUGGAGAGAUGCAAGAUGCAAUUGAUCGCUUUGAAACAGAGUACAAAAGCACUAAAAAAGGUUGGGACUUGGGAGGGGAGCAAAAGCAAAGUGGGAUGAAAUGAUUAAGAUGCGAACUGAGACAACUCAACCUGAUGGAACUCGGACAAUGACAGAUGAUGAAAUUUGUGCAAAAGUCCUCGGAGUCAAAUCAGGCUACAUCAAGGGUUGUGGUUUUGGCCCUAGACCUCC